AUAGUUAUAUAAAAUAACAGAAAUUCAUCAUUUACUGAACAUAGGUCAGUAUGCUGACUUGAUUUCUCGAAUUCAAACACAAGAAACGACAAAUAAAAUUCACAAAUAAAACCCAUCGGAAAUGCAAAUGAAACUAAAUGAUUUCUUUUUGUGCAGGCACAUCAAGCCGAAGAGGAAGGUCUAGGUGAUACUGUUGUCAUGCUGCAGGCUUAUCUAGGCCUGGCUUGGACCCUUGGCUGCGUAGCUUUCGGGCUUCUCGUCGUCCAUCGUAGCGUCGAAUGCAGGAUAGCCCGCCAAUAUCUUACGCAAGCAGCCGUCUUUGUAUGCGGACUCUGCAUUCUCGCUCUUACCGCCGUUCAAGGAAAUUAUCACGGAUACGUUAUGUUUGCAUGGAUUUACGGCAUUUUCUGCGGCGGCUAUCAUUAUAGCCUAAAGAUGUACACGUACGAAAGAGUGAGGGCGCGGAACUUUGCCAAAACGUGGGGUUUCGUCCAAUGCUCCCAAGCGAUACCAAUUGCAAUCGGAGUACCAAUAUCGGGAUACAUAAACGUUGGUUGCGGCGGUAAGGCUGGCUACUACUUUAGCUCGACGUGUGUCCUGGUUGGCAGUUUUACGUUAUUCUUCAUUGAUUUGCAUAGAAGAAAUUUAUCAAAACAUAAACACACCAGAGCCAAUGGCACAAAACACGCAUGCUCCUCGGAUAACUGUCCUCAACGACGAAGACUGUCGUUCAGUCAAGAAGCCAAGAACGAAGGACCUCAUGUAGGCGCUGCCGGAGUGGCCGGAGCAACGGCUGCGGCACUAGUUCUGGGAGCUGACAUUGCUCCAGCACAAGGUAUACAUUUUUUCUCUUGUACUAUUUUUGUCAUAAAUACAAGGGAGAGAAAGAAAGAGAAGGAGCAUGGAAAUCCCUGUUAGACCAUACUAUUUCAUGAAAAAAUUCGAUGCUUUAUAAAUUCUAAUUGAUCUCAACUUCUAAUCGUAACACUAUUACUUUCAAUUCUAUUACAUAUUCCUAACCGCUUAAUAAACAAUAGACAAAAACCGUGCACAUU